CCAGUUGUCCGGCUGGGAAAAAGGAGAUUGCUCAGGGGGAGCUCGCUCGUGAGUCAUGGACUUCUCCUGGCUCCUCCUCUACCACUCCCACUCCCUCGCUGGCCCCCCCCACAAGGGCUAGCGUUCGCUCCUCGGGCUCCGAGGGGGUGGGGCUGCUGGGAAUGGCUGUUCGCCCUUCUCCUCCUCUGCCCGGCUCCCUAUUUUACCUGAAGAGGCAAAGAUCUUGCCCACAGUGCACAUGGGGCAUGGAGGAGAAGACAGCGGCGCAGUCGGGGGCCAGCGGGGCCAGCUGGGAGCUGCCAGGCCCCCGGAGGAUAUCUGCGGUCCAGUACUUCAAUACUGCAGUGGACCAAAAUCACAUCCUUCCCGGAGCCCUACGGCUCAUCCAGGAGCUGCGCCCGCACUGGAAGCCCGAGCAAGUUAAGACCAAGGUACGCGGGCGAAGGAAGGUGCAGGCUGGGCGGUGGAGGGGCAGAGCGGAUCCGAGAGAGUCGGGGGGUGGGGGAGGAGUACCCCCAACCCCUUUCUUCAGCACCGCCCCCCGCAGGCCAGCCCGGGGAGGGAGAAGCAACACGUUUCUGGGGAUGAGGAGGCUGGAGAGGGGACUGGGGGCUGAUCCGGAGAGGAGGCGGGGAUGCUGCUAUGCUGCUGCGUGUGUGUUGGAUCUACUAGAGAGCUUCUCUGCAGGAGGCAUGGGGUGGGAGGUGGUUGAUUUUUUUUUCAAUUCGGUUGGGGGGAGCAGAGGAAAUACAGGGUUCACUGCAUCUUCAGUGGAUGGGACUCCCCGAUUUCUCUCUCGAUUUCUCUCUCUCUCUCUCUCUCUCUCUCUCUCUCGCACUCUCUCACUCUCUCUCACAGAGACACACACACACGAACACGCACACAUUCACACACGCGCACACACACACACACACACACACACACGCACACGCACACACCACGCCCCCUCUUGCUUGUUUCUGCCAUGCUCUGUAGGAGAGGGUUCCACUGCCUGGGGAUGCCACCGUUGCUCGAUCGUAUCCGGUGUGUCUGGCAUAUACACCGGGUAUUAGAGGGCUAACUUUUUCUGGGAACCCCAAUUGCACUCCCCAAACCCGUAGUCUUUUCCAUCCAAAGACCAUAGUCCCAGAGUUCUUGCCUUGUCUUAACUGCGUACUCUCAGAAACCAGCAUUCCUAGCUAUACCUCCCUUGGCAAGAGACACAGUCUCCCUAAGAUUAGGUUGGCUUCACCAACAUGACUUGUAGGCAAGGAGAGCAGUGGAAGGUGACGAGAGGAGCCCCAAAUAGAGUAUAGGAUGCCUCUUACCUAAGAUUCUCCGGCUGACACAUCUUUUCUCCAGAAAAAGGCAUCACCUGUGUGCACACACCCCAUCCCACCCUCAGGGCCUGCUCAUUGAGGGGAGAACAUCCAGUCUUCCCCAGGAGGAAUGCUGAAGGCUGAAUCCCUCCAACUUCUUUCGUAAGAAUGGCAGGACACUCUGUACCAGUGGUUAUGUGAGAACAUUGAUCAAGGAGCGGAAGGUGGGGAGAGGAGUCAGCCAUAGCCCCCAAUAGAGCAUAUGAUGACUCCUACCCAAGUAGAGCCAGACUGACUCUUUAGCUGACAUAUCUUUUCUCCAGGAAAGGGCAUCACCUGGAUGCACACACCCUAUUCCACUCCAGGGCCUGCUUGUUGAGAGGAAAAUGUUCAGUCUUCCCAGUAGGAAUAUUAAAGGCCAAGUCCCUCUGACUUGUUUCAUAGGAUUGCAGGAUACUAUGCUCCAGUGGUUAUGUUGGAACAUUGACCAAGGAUUGGAAGCUGCUAUGAAGGUCCAAGGUGGACUAUGGAAAGUGACAUUCCAGAAUGGGGAGAACUUCUGUGUGUGCCUGCAUAGUUGAUGUGCACUAGGGAGGGCUCAUUAGAGGAAACAGGCAAUGUACACGUAGUAGAAAGAGCAGUGACCUCAGAGUUAAGAGACCUGACUGGGUUCUUCUAGCCCUGACUCUACCAUUAACUAUGUGGCCUUAGGCCAAUAAUGAGGUCUCUGACUCCCAGUUUCCUCUUCUGUGAAAUGAGUAAGUUGCCACCAUCUCUUAGGUUUCUUCUAACUCUAAAUAUUCUUAUUCAAUGAAGUACCUAAAUUCUGUGCUCUUCUGUGUGCCUUGCUUCCCCCUUCAUAAUCUUGGUGAGAUCAGUCCCUGUGGGCUAUCUGUGCAACCUUGGGAAUAAUUGCCUUCUCUCCAGCUAAGACAACGUGCAGGUGUCUCAUUGACAUUCCGAUGACAUUGCUCCCUGCUUCAGACAACCAGCUGAGUAAAGGGUAAUACUAGUAUUCUAUAGCACUUUAAGACUGACCCUGAGAUUCCCUCCAUCAACCUUAUGAGGUAGGUAGUACAAAUAUUAUUUUCUCCGCUUUACAGAUGAGGAAAGUGAUACACUCAGGUUAAUAUCAUAUAGCCAGUAAGUGUCAGAGCUGGAAUUUGAACAUGAAACUUCUGAGUCCAAGGCUAGCAUUCGUUUAGCUCUAGCUCAGAGAGGCCCCUGACUGAAGGAGGUCCUGCUUUGCUCCCUCUGCCCAUCCUGUUUGUCUUUGAGCUAACUUGAAGGAAGGAAUCCAGUUGAGGAUAAGGGAGGGGAAUAAGGACCUAACUACUACGGAACCCCAAAACUCUCUCCAUCUGGAGGCCCAAGCUAUAUGGAAAAACCAACCAGCACUGAAGAUAGCAUGGCCAAUCUGCCAUUUUUAUAGGCUCAGCCAUAGUUGUCUGGCACAGCCGAGGCACUGAUUGGGUUGGGGAAAAAUAGAGAGGGCACUGGCGGGAAGAAAAUAUCCAAUGGAUUUUUUGGAAUUAUAGUGAUUAGUCUCCACAAAAGUCCUACUCUGAUCCCUCAUCAUGGCCUGAAGAUGACCGGGUUCUCAAAGACAGCAGGAAACAAGCUCUGGCAGAUCCUCCUAAGCUGAGAAGGCUUCCAACGCUUCACUGAUGGGAUCACCAACAAGCUGGUGGCCUGCUUUGUGGAAGAUGACAUGAGGGAUGCAGUGCUGGUCCGUGUCUAUGGGGAGCGGACAGAGCUUCUGGUGGACCGGGAGAAUGAGGUCAGGAACUUCCAGCUCCUUCGGGCCCAUGGCUGUGCACCCAAACUCUAUUGUACCUUCCAAAAUGGCUUGUGCUAUGAGUUUCUCCCAGGCAUGGCUUUGGAUCCUGAGCAUAUCCUCGAACCCCGGCUCUUCAGGCUGAUUGCCUGGGAAAUGGCAAAAAUCCAUGCCAUCCAUGCCAACGGCUGUCUGCCCAAACCUGGCUUGUGGUCCAAAAUGUACAGAUAUUUCACUCUUGUCAAGGAUUCUUUCAACUCCAGCCUUUCCCAGAGCAUCCCCAGUGUGGAGGUCCUUGAACAGGAAAUGGCCUGGUUGAAGGAGCACCUUUCCCAGCUGGAUUCUCCCAUAGUAUUUUGCCAUAAUGACCUGCUUUGCAAGAACAUCAUCUAUAAUGAGAAGAAAGGUCAUGUCAGAUUCAUAGACUAUGAAUAUGCUGGCUACAACUAUCAAGCCUUUGACAUUGGCAAUCACUUCAAUGAGUUUGCAGGUGUGAAUGAGGUGGACUAUAGCCUCUACCCCAGCCGGGAGACUCAACUUUGUUGGCUGAAUUAUUACCUGCAAGCCCACAAGCAGCUCUGCAAGGAAGGCUGGGGUGGGACAGCUGUGACGCCAAGGGAGGUGGAGAAGCUCUAUGUACAAGUUAACAAGUUUGCUCUGGCCUCUCACUUCUUCUGGGCAUUCUGGGCUCUCAUCCAGAACCAGUUCUCUACCAUUGACUUUGACUUCCUCAGAUACGCGGUGAUCAGAUUCAACCAAUACUUCAAGGUGAAGCCUCAGGUGUCGGCCUUGGAGAUGCCAAAGUGACCGGCCUCCUGCCCUGUCCGCCCAGCCAGACCUGCUCUCCUCAGGGCCCCUGCUUGGCUCUGGGGCCCAUGCCUAAAGGGCCAGAGCAAGAGAGGGAUGCAGGUGGGGUCUCUCUGGUGGGGCAGUGGAGAAGCUCAUGCCCUGUGCCACCAGCCCCAAAUUAAAGCCGCCGUAGACCUCGCUCCCCCCUGUCUGGCUUCAGCCUCUGGGGCUGAUGGGACCAGCUCAGGGUACCCUUCCCCUUCACCCUCCCUUUCCCAAACUUUGGCAGGGGGGAGGGGAGUGCCUGUAGAGUACCAGGGAUGACCAACCUUCUAGGACAGGGACCAAGACAACCAAUGGGAACCAGUGGGAAGCCCAGGAACCCUCCAAAUAUCACCCUACCCUCAUCCCUCUUUGCCAUCAGGGGUGCCUUAUUUAUGUAUUGGACCCUGCUCAGCUUGGGUGGAGUGUAGAAAGACUCCUUUCUACUCCAAUGCCCAUAGAUUCUCUAACCCACCCCUCCCACUCCCCUAUUUUUCCCAAGCAGAAAGUGAUGAACUACCUUUCCAGCAACUAACCACACCCCAACACACCAUGUGUAUGGGUAUAUAUAGCUUGGAUCAGGGGAUCCCAGCUUAGGAAUGCCCACCCCCAUCAGCAGCCUUAUCAGAUUCCCUGGCAUUGCUCCCAUUCCUACUUUCUCCAGACCCAAUUACUGGCUCCUAAUUUCACCCCACAUCCAACCCAGUUUCACUAUUCCCCACUCAGGUCCUGGGGUCUAUGUUCUCUACCCUUUGGCCAGCUUCUGCUGCCUCAAGAAGUCCUAGUGACUAGAGCGCUAUCGUCACACUUGGGAUUGCCUGGGGGAAUUAUGGGGUGCUGUUAGCCAAAGCUAGGUCAAUGUGUCUCACUGACCUUGAUCCUCCCACCCACAGCCCUCUCCCCCCCAAGAUGCCUACCUAACCUUGUGUUUCUGUUGCAUACACUGGACCUGAAUUAGAGGACCCUCUCACUCUGAGGGUCAAUCCUGGGCAGCAGGGAGAGAGGGGAUAUAUCCUAAGAAGCAGAGGCCCCAGGAGAGUCAGGGAAUAGGUGGGCCCCCUGGUUAGGAUUUGGCCUGGACAUAGGUAGGGGAUGUCCUGACCUUCUGAGUUCCUUCGCCAACCACCACUCGCCCUUAGACAUCAAUUAAAUCUCUCCCCAGCCUCCUUCCUGACACCAGGGCUUCUGGGAGGAGGGGGGACCCUUCUCAGCUCUGGCACAUGAAACAAACUUUGAGAUUGAAAUUAUUGUGGUUUUGUUCUCCAUUAAAAUGGCCGCUUCUGGUUUCUGGUGCUGCUCA